AUGAAUGCAAUUGCUGGUAUAACGAAUUAUUUAGAGAAAAUUAUCUCGGAUACGCAGAUGGAAGGAAUGAAGGCACUUUUGUUGGAUACUGAUACCAAGAGUAUCAUUAGUAUGGUCAUGUCUCAGUCCCAUAUUCUCCAACGUGAAGUUUUUCUUGUCGAAGAAUUGGAUGCAGUACAUGAACCAAUGUUACAUCUUAAAGCUGCUGUCUUUGUACGUCCUACAGCACGUAAUAUUGAGCUAUUGCGUCAAGAAUUAAAGAUGCCAAAAUACGGUCGAUACCAUGUCUUUUUUUCGAAUAUUUUACCUAUCGAAGCACUUGAGAAACUUGCAGAAGCUGACGAGAAAGAGGUCGUGAUACAGAUUCAAGAAUAUUAUGCCGACUAUUUGGCCGUAAAUGAGUCACUUUAUGAUUUUGGUCUACACAACUCGAUUCAACUUAGUGUCAAGAUACCCACGGCUCUUUAUAAAAGAGCUCUUGUUUCUACUACAACAGCAGGAGUUUUGACAACUGACCCAGUGGAUAAAACUACAAUGACGCCACCUCAAAUAUUUCAACGAAGCGUCGAAGGAAUGCUGUCGGUGCUACUUUCUAUGAAGAAAAGACCGUUGAUUCGGUACGUCAAGGGGUCAGAAGUGGCUGAGAAACUGGCACGUGAAGUUUCGGCAAGGAUGCAGCUUGAACAAGAUGGACUCUUUGAUUUCAGACGACCCGAGGUGACUCCGUUGGUCUAUGUGAUGGAUCGCAAGGACGACCCUGUGACACCGUUGCUUACUCAAUGGUGCUACCAAGCGAUGGUGCAUGAACUGCUUGGCUUGCACGAAAAUCGCGUAGAUCUCCGCGAUGCACCUAGUGUACCCAAGGACAUGAUGGAGCUCGUGCUGUCAACAACCUCGGACGAAUUUUUCGCGCAGCAUGUGCACGCCAAUUUCGGCGACCUCGGUAUGGCUGUCAAGCAACUUGUCGACAAGUAUCAGGCACAGACACAGACCCACGAAAAUAUCCAGUCGAUCGAUGAUAUGCAGCGCUUUUUGGAGAAUUACCCGGCCUUUCGAUCUCAAUCGGUGACGGUAUCGAAACAUGUAACAUUGAUGGGGGAAUUGGCACGUCGUGUAGAAGUGGAUAAGCUCAUGGAUGUGAGUCAACUAGAACAGGAACUUGCAUGUGGAGAUGACCACAAUGCACAUUUCCGCGAUGUGGUGGCUAAGUUGAAGGAUGCACAAGUGAAGCCGAUUAACAAGCUGCGACUGGCCAUUCUGUAUGCAUUGCGUUACGAGACUCAUAGUUCAGUCAAGCUGAAAACAAUCAAAGAGCUGCUGGCGGCCCCUCAUGGGGGUGGUCUGCCUUCUCAGCGCGUUGCAUUAAUUGACGCAUUCCUGAAGUUCGGCGGUGCUAAGACUCGCCAGGGCGACUUGUAUGGUGACCGUGCUGGACUGAAGAAGUUCAUGCGGGCGGUGACGCAGGGCGUCCAAGGUGUUCCGAACGUAUAUGCACAACACGUUCCACCACUUGUCGAGAAAUUGGAGUUGAUUCUGAAGGGUCAGUUGCUAGACCAAGAGUUUGGCGUUGUAAAUGGAGGUACCGGUGUUGCAACAUUAACAGAGUUGAAUGGGAACAACGGAGUGAAGCGCGUGCGUGACGUGAUUGUGUACGUGUGUGGUGGUGUUACCUUUGAGGAGGCCAUGAAGGUGGCUGAGAUGAACCAGAAGGCGGCAUUAUCGAACUCAGGUCAGCGCAUUUUGCUCGGCGGGUCCUGCAUUCACAACUCGACAAGCUUUCUAAAUGAGGUGGCAAUGGCGUACAACUUAUCUUCUACUCGUGGCCAUGGUGGUACAAAUAAUAACUGGAACUACAAUGGAAAGAAACUCUAG